GUGAAAAAGUAAAAAUAAUACAAUUUUUCAGAAAAAAAUUCGAUAGACAUACCAACAGUGUAUACUUAUUGCAAUCAGGGGUGAUACGAUGCCUAAAAAUCUACAUACAUAUAACUGUUUUGGAGGAAAAUAACUGUUUACUGUACGGGGACAUCACUCAUCAGUGUACAUUGUAAAAACGAGCAGGUCCCUGUGCAGAGACAUAAACGUGUAUGGUUAUUAUAUAACCAUAUAACAGUGUACCUUAAGUUACUAGCAAAGAUCUCACGAAUUUUUUUAGCAAGGAAGAAAAUCUAAUGGCCAUGCAGCAUCCUGGUUCUGUGAAUGAUAUUGGUAUAGUCAGCUGGAGAACUAGGACUGGGACUGUACCAUUUACCAAUUUAACUGUUGAUAUAUUGAAUAGCCUCCCAGGGCAAAUAAUACCAGUGCAUCAAUCAACAGCUGAAGAAUGUCCACAGUAUUCCACUUAUGUUGAAUUAGAUGUCAGACAACAUACAUUCCGAUUUAGGCAAUUUAAUGGUCCAGCACGCCAGGAUUUAGCAAAUGCAGGAUUUUUUGCUUUUAGGAAUACACACAAUGAAGAUAGUGUCUGUUGCUUCUGUUGUGGGGUUGUUCUUACUAACUGGGCUGAAGAUGAUGAUCCAUGGGUAGAACAUGCAUGGUGGUUUCCACAAUGUAGAUUUUUAAAGGAGAGCAAGGGUGAAAGAUUUAUUCAGUCUGUACAAUUGCAGACACUAGACACAUGUAGAUUUUUCGAAAGAGAACACACUGUAAUGAUUGGAAAUAAUGAUGAUAUUACCCGAGAAGUAAAGGCAAAAAUUGAAGCUAAGUUCCAGGAGGCUGAUGUUGUUCUUGCCUUUAAGAAGUUUAUUGAACAAAAAGUUAGAAGACCAUUUCUGGUGGAGUUCUAUGAAUUUAUAAACAGUUGGGAAGAUACACUUAUAAAUGAGAACAUAAAGUACAGACAGGAAAAUAGAGGUGUCAGAGAUGAAAACAGAGCUGUGAAAGAUGAAAUUAGGGUUGUUAAAGAUGAAAAUAGAACUGUGAAAGAUGAAAAUAGGGUUGUUAAAGAUGAAAUUAGGGUUGUUAAAGAUGAAAAUAGGGUUGUUAAAGAUGAAAUUAGAGUUGUUAAAGAUGAAAAUAGAACUGUGAAAGAUGAAAAUAGAUCUGUGAACAAUAAUAAAAGUGCUGUUGAAGAAGAAAACAUGGUUCUAAGAGAUGAAAAGACAGCUCUUCAAGAAGAAGUUAGGAGGCUUGAGCAACGUAUUGCCCAACUUGAGAGAUCUCCAUCAUCAUGAUAUAAUCA